AUGCGCCCAAGGGCGAUAACCCAGGGGAAAGCGCUGCAGUGGCAGACCGGUGGGGAAGGGGGUGGGGAAGGGGGACGACAGAGUUUGGGAGGUAAGGAGGAGGAGAGGGUGGGAGGAAGAGGAGAGUACGAGAGCGGAGGGGAGGAUGGGGUGGAGGAGGAGGAGGAGGAGGAGGAGGAGGAGGAGGAGGAGGAGGAGGAGGAGGAGGAGGAGGAGGAGGAGGAGGAGGAGGAGGAGGAGGAGGAGGAGGAGAAGAAGGAUGAAGACGAGAAGGAGGAGGAGGAGGAGGAGGAGGAGGAGGAGGAGGAGGAGGAGGAGGAGGAGGAGAAGGAAGAGGAUGACGAAGAGGAGGAAGAGGAGGAGGAGGAGGAGGAGGAGGAGGAGGAGGAGGAGGAGGAGGAGGAGGAGGAGGAGGAGGAGGAGGAGGAAGAGGAAGAGAAGGAAUAA